GGCAGGUGUAAGGUCAUGAACCUUAUUCUAUGCACUCGUUCUAUUCUUAUUUGAUUUUCAAUGAAAGGUCACGCUGAAAUUUAUUUUACGUAAAGACAAAUCAGAAACCAAUCAUCUAUGUUGUAAGGUAAUGUGAAAUUUUGUUAGCGAAACACGUUCACUCGGAUGUUUUUGAAAUUUCGACGAUAUUAUGGAUAUGGAGCAGACCAUCAAAACAGAAAUGUUGGGUGACAAAAAUAGAAAUAAUUCCAACAACAUGUGCCUAACUGUUGAACUUUGCGUGGUUUGCGGCGACAGAGCAUCAGGUAGGCAUUAUGGGGCCAUUUCGUGCGAGGGCUGCAAGGGAUUUUUCAAAAGGUCAAUUCGUAAACAACUUGGAUACCAAUGUAGGGGUACCCAAAAUUGUGAGGUUACCAAGCACCAUAGGAAUAGAUGUCAAUAUUGCAGGCUGCAAAAGUGCCUCGCUUGUGGCAUGCGAAGCGACUCUGUCCAACAUGAAAGGAAACCAAUCAUUGAUAAGAAAGAGUUUCCUAAUAAUUCAGAAAUUAAGUUCAAUCAGAACACUGUCAAUGCCGUCAAUAAAAUAUUUAUCAGAAAAGACUUGAACUCAGAAUUUGGGCUCCUUCCUCCUUUUUGCCCUAGCGACUUAGGCCUCCAAUUUCUCAACAAGCGAAUCGCGAACAGUACGCCUGCUUCAGACUCUUUUCACUUAUCGCCGAGUCAAGCCAGUGUCGAAGAUGACGUCUCUAUGGAUAGUACCAAUACAGGUGCCGAACUCAACGACGCCCUGUCUAGUGCUCGGGACAAGCAGCUCAUUUCGAAGGCCCUAGACACGAUGGCCAAAGUGCAAUGUUUGAACGGAACGGAUUUGAAUACCUUAUCGAGUGACGAAAAGUGCAUUAAUUACAACGGGCAAAUUCUACAGGAGCAGAACAUGACUUUUAAUUUACUAAUACCCGGUCCGGUGCCGCCUUAUCUCAAUAUACAUUACAUUUGCGAAAGUGGCUCUAGACUGUUGUUUUUAUCGGUACAUUGGGCCAAGAAUAUCCCUGCAUUUCAGUACUUAAGCCCAGAAACUCAAAUCUCGCUGUUGAAAACAUGCUGGUCGGAGUUGUUCACCCUCGGGCUAGCCCAGUGCUCGCAAUCUUUAUCUUUGUCCACCAUUCGCUCGGCUCUAAUUAGUCAUUUACACGCCUCUAUUGCUCAAGACAAAAUGUCGGCGAUUAAGGUGAAGCAAGUCACCGAUCACAUAGUUAAAUUGCAAGAUUUCGUGACGAGCAUGAACAGGUUGCACGUAAAUGAACAGGAAUAUGCCUACUUAAAGGCUAUAACGUUGUUUUCGGCUGAACAACCGGAUAUUUUGAUGAGAAAAGCUAUAGAAAAGCUGCAGGAGAAGUCUUUCCAGGAAUUGAGGAGUUAUUUAGGAAAUAGCGCGCCUGAUGAUCAUGAUAGGUUUCCGAGGUUGUUGCUAUGCUUGCCGCCUUUGAGAGCUAUCGAGCCUAAUAUUUUAGAAGAAUUAUUUUUCGCCGGGUUAAUUGGCCAAGUACAAAUUGAUAGUGUGAUUCCUUAUAUACUGAGAAUGGGAAAUACGAUGUCUUCCUCUAAUAGUAACAGGCACGUAAAAACCGAACAUUUAGACGAAUUUUUGUGUAAAUAGUGUAGGUAUUUUUUGGUGUUUUGUAUGUGAAUGGAAAGUAUUUUUUAUAUACACUGUUCUUCGACGUGUUUAGUACUUAAAUAAUUUUAAGCGGUGCAAUUUUUUAUGUUCGUUGCGAUAUGGGAAGCAACGAAUAUAUUAUGUGUAUUUUAUAUGCUUCUGUAACCAAAAUAAGAUGAAACUAUUUUCCUAAAAAAUAUUAAAAAUAAACAUAUUUUUUUAUACAUAUAUUGCCAAAGAAUUGCGAGUUUUUAAACUGACAAUAUUGUAUAUGUUACAACUAGCCAAAAUUUCUGGAAAAACAACUUUUAGUCUAGUCCAGUAAUAAAUGUCUUCAAAUACAAAACGUAACGUAGCUGUUGCCAAAAAAUACGAUUGGUUUUUAUUAUCUAUUCCUUUAUAUCUAAUGUGUAAUAAUAGUUGUAGUUAUAGUUCUAGGAAAUAUGUAUUACUACAUAGCACGUAAGAGUUUCCUAUUCAACCUUACUAAAUUCUACUUAAUAACAUAUUUUGGCAUUGUAUGAAAUUGGUAAUUUUGGAAAAAAUGCUAUAACUAUUUUACUUUUUUCAGGAAAUAUUAAUUUUACACUUCAUUAUUGUUUAUUAAUCGCUUCACUUGUUCAAAUUUCAUUUCAAUUAGCAGCUAGUUUCUACGAUGAAAGUUAU